CAAAUGGAAUGGACCUGGGAGGACAGCAGGGACGUCCCCAACGCCGUCCGCCUCAAGAGAGAAGAAAAUGAGACUCUGGCGACAGAAAUCGGCUCCUUCAUGGAUCAUCAGGAUGAUCUGGGCAAUGACACCAACUCGAUCAGAAAUUUGGACAUGGAUGACAUGAACUGCCUCUGCACUUCAGACCUGAACACCUUUGACUUCACUCUGGAAGACCUGCAGUCGCUUAUGGAGGAGAGCUUAGACGAACCUUUAAAUGAGAAAAAUGCAGAGAAGACGACUCCACCGCAAACUGAAAUUGAAAGAAUAAUCCAGUACCUGCUGUCAGACGCUCCAAUCACAGAACACGAGAGGAAAUCAUACCAAAACAGGCCCGAUUUGCCAGCUGAGGAGGGACCCAAGAAGAACCUGCGCAGCUACUCUGCGUUCCAGCGGCCACCCGCAGAAGAACGACUAAGGUACCCGAACAUGUCCUUUCCUCUGGAGAGACAUUUUGAAGAUCUGACCUGUCACAGUUCGAGAGAAGUGAACGACGGCCACAGGAGGAGACGUGGCGAAAGAGAUUCGAAGGAACGCUUCCUAAGAACGGAGACGCACAGUCGAGAAACGGCAAGAAAAAGAGGCAUUUUCAAUGACAGCAAAUCAAAUUUCUGCAAAUCGGACAUCAGACUGAGUCACAGGGCGAGGGACCGCACCAACGAACUAGACGGAGACGGUUACCCUUUCAGAGCCGGAGAGAGAGAAACGGCCGAUAAAUAUCUGGAACACAGAAAGUUCACGGACAAGUGGCAGGAGUCUAGAGUGCCACAAGGAAAACCUCUGGAUUUUGUCAGAAGGAUGGAAAUCAGGAGCGAAUGGUUAUCGAGCAAAGAAGAACCAAGAGACGAGGAGAGGGGGAAGACUUCGAAGGCUGCGAGACAAAAACCUCAAAGCAAAAGAAACGACAGAUCGAAGCCAAAGACAACCAAAAGCUCCUCGUCAAAGAAGGCAGUGCGGUGAACGAGUACGAAGGGUUGGGCAAACCUCUGCAACCUCGGAGCCUGAUGAAAGGCGAGAGCAAGAGAGACAAAGCGCAAAACAACUCAACCUGCUGAAGGAUCAAGAAGAACAAAGGCGGAGGUUUACGAGGCCUACUUUACACCCAAUCUGUCCACUAUGUCCAAAAGCAACACAAAGGCUGGCAAAUGCAGCCAAAAGGCCAAAUGUAAGCCAAAGUGUCCCCCCAAAAGGACGAAGAGGUUUCCUUCUGUGAAAAUGACUGAUGGAAGUCCGGAGCCAGAUGGUUUUCUGUAUCCAGCAUUGAGUGAAGUGCAGAAGCGACAAUGCGGUGCGUUCCUGGGGGGCAAACCAAAAAAGCAGGAAGUUUCACAAAGGAGAGGAAAUGGGUUAAAAAUCGAGCCCGAAGCGAUCAAAGAAGAAGCAUAUGAGGAUGAGGAGGAAGAAGAAGAAUCAGAAGAAGAAGAAGAACAACAAGAAGAAGCAGAGCUCACGAGUGCAGCGAAGAGAUGCCAGGAGAGAAGCAGUACCCCGAAAAAGAGAAAGGGGGCGCCACAGAAACUCCGGAAACACUAUGUUCCAGUCCGGUGAAAAAGUGUCGGGACUCUGAGCAGAGAGGGCCCAAAAUCAGAAUAAAAAGGGAAAGAGGGACUUUAAGAGCAACCUGGCUACAUAUAGAGUGACAAAUACCCCCCCGCCACCCCCCAAAACAA